UUGAUCAUCACUCAAGGUUAUGCCAAUCUAAAGGACUUAAAGUUUAAAAAGUGACGUCACUUCUGCUCUCAGCCUCCGACAGUGUGGUUAGUCAGAAUGUGAGCGGAUGCAGACGUUUGGGAGCUGAUUGCUGGGAUUUCUAUGUGGCUGCUUUUUGACCUACAAACUCAACCUUUCUCAGGGUCCUAUGGAUCGAUCGCUGCCCUUCCAAGGAUCUGUUUGUUUUAAUCAACUGGACUACUAACUGGAACCACAUGAAGAAUAAAGGGACUAAGCAGAAGUCCAAAAAGAAAGGAAGUGAAAAUGCGUUCGGCUGUGACCUGAUAGAACAUCUCCAGAACUCAGGACAAGAUGUUCCUCAGGUUCUGAAGAAAUGUGCAGAGUUUAUUGAGGAGCAUGGGAUUGUGGACGGGAUCUACAGGCUGUCGGGGGUCACCUCAAAUAUCCAGCGUCUCAGGCAGGAAUUCAGCUCUGAGGCGUGCCCUGACCUUACAAAGGAAGUGUACCUCCAGGACAUCCACUGUGUGGGUUCCUUAUGUAAGCUGUACUUCAGGGAGCUACCCAAUCCCCUGCUUACAUAUGAGCUAUACGGCAAAUUCACUGAAGCGGCCUCGGUCCGGGGAGAUCAUGAAAGACUUCUUCACAUUCACAGGGUCAUCAGAGAACUACCGACCCCUCACUUCAAGACUCUGGAGUACCUUACUAAGCACUUGUCCCACCUUGCAACCUUAAGCACCGAGACGAACAUGCAUACACGCAACCUGGCCCUGGUUUGGGCUCCAAAUCUGUUAAGAUCUAAAGAUAUUGAGGCUUCUUCUGGUUAUGGAGACAUGGCUUUCCAGGAGGUGCGGAUACAACAGUCAGUGGUUGAGUUUAUUCUAAACCACACAGAGCAGAUCUUCAGCGAUGAUUCUGUGGAAAUCAAACCCAAAGAAGGGCCAACUGUGAUGUGUGGGGAGAAGAAGUAUGCCACACUCCCGAUCAGUGGUCAGUGUGGGCCGAUGAAACUGAUGAGCCUGGAAGAAGCCCAGGCUCGCUCCUUAAGUCCAAACCAUCCUGUGCAUAGAGAACGUCAGCGAGAGAACAGUCUGCCUGAUACCAGCACUGCCACGCUCUACCACACUGUCAUAGACAUAUCAGACAGCAAGAGAAAGUUUUCUGGGAAAUCUAAGAAGUGGAAGUCUAUCUUCAACCUGGGAAGGUCUGUGGACUCAAAGGGAAAACUGAGCCGAAACGGCAGCGUGUUCAUAAGGGCACAGGGGAUGACAGAAAAGGCAGCUCUUCGUCCAUCCAGGAGUAUGGAGUCCUUGUGCUCCUUACCAACAGAUGAUGACAGAACAGGAAACAACAGUCCAGUUGGUGGACCGGGCAGCAUUUAUGCCCCAGAGGUCAAAUCCAGAACGCUGGGAUCUGACUCGCUGUAUGACCUGAGUGAACAUGAACAAAACUGGGAGUUUAAAGGGACGAAAGCCAGCGGGGCAACAGGAGGCUGGAGCAUGAACCAAAAGGGGUCACCAGGGGCUUCUUCUCCCCCUCAAAAAACAGUACCAGAACAACUAAAAGUGUUCAAAGGUGAAGAUAUCGGCGGCUACAAGCCCACGUCUCCGAAAAAUAGGAGGAUGUUGUACUCAGGCUCCUCCCACAACAGCUCAUCUCGGCCUUCCUUCCCAGGAAGCUUCUUCCCCCUGGAGUCCUCACCGAGGCAUCAGCGCAGAGCUGUCAACAUAUCCGAGCCCUUUGCUGUGUCUGUGCCACUACGCGUGUCAGCUGUCAUCAGCUCCAACAGCACACCAUGCAGAGGGCAUGCCAAGGAAAAAGCAGCUGUGGCCGCUCUGAAACCCUGCAAGGAGACCACGGAGCAGAGCAGCAACAGUGGAAAGAGCAACACAUUCCCCCAACUGGAACCCAAGAAGCAGGAAGGAACAGAGAAGAAAAACACGGAGGAGCCGGCAUCUCAAAACCCUCCAGAGGAUACAAGCAAAGAAGUGGUGCAAGAAGGUCAAGAAGGGAUCAACAAAUCUGAACUGGAACAGCCGUCCAUUGCAAAUGCAAGAGAAGGCAAAGAUGCAGCGCCAUCUCCUGGGAAACAACUGCACAACCAGCCUACAGCUACGCAACAGGAGAAGAGAUCCUCUAUUGGGAAAGAGCGGUGGCCUGACCUCCACCAAGAACUGAAGAUAACUGAACCUGAACUUGACCUGCUGGAUGAGACUUUUAAACCUGUUCCCACCUCCAAGAGCACUCGUGGAGGCAUGAAGUUAACAUUGGAUGUGAAAUCGAAAAGAAGCCGCAGCUCUCCGUCUCUGACUUUGUUAUGUAGGGAGCAGUCUUCAAAUACCUCUCUGAGUGAUCAUGUUCUCACCACUGGAUCAGGCUCAGCAAAGAAACAGCCCUCAGAGUCAGACAUCCCAUUUUCUCUUCACAAAAACUUUGAUGUAAUUGUCGGUGGAAACACAGAAAAUAUCUACUCUGCUGCCGCGGUGGAUAAAAAACAUAAGAAACUGCAUCCAAUCUCCACAAAUAUUACAUCCCUGAAGAAAGAUGAUCCAUUUGAUAGCCAACUUCCUAUUUCUUUGACUCAAGUUAAAAAGCAUUUGACAUUAGGGUAUGCUCCAACAGUUGGAGGCUUCUCAGCAGCAGAUGUUCCUCACAAAAAAUCUGAGAAACAUGAAAUUCCUGAAGGAGACAAAAACGUCUCCUGUGUUGGAGUGAAGAAGACUGCGAUUCCUGAGUUGGAAAUCAUUCAGAGGCUUUCAAUAUGUUUGGAGGAGAGACGUAAGACCUUGGAGCUGCCAAACCUUGACGACGACGAAGGAGGAUGUGUAGGAAUCUCAGAGGAGCUGGACUUGGUGGAGCCUUGGGAGGAUUUUAGCUCCAACAAGCAGUGGGUGACCAGCCCUCUGCACUCACCCGAUGUGGAGGAACUGUUCAAGCAGCUGUCACCCUUCAGCUAUGUAGAGGAGACUUUGAGCUCAGAGGAGGGAAAGAUGUCAUCUCCUUCGUUUGAUAAUAAACAAUCUAAUAAAACAUCUCUGGUUAAGAGCAGUGAACGCUUAUCAGGAAACAUUCCUCAAACUUCCAGUUGCAAACCAGACACUAAAUGGAACAGCAGUAAUACAACACAAGCUCACACAGGGAAAAGCAGCACAACAAAACAGAAGUCAUCUCAGAGGUUUUACAGACAGAUUUCUUACGAUGCAGCUUCUUCAGAGAGAAGAGAGGAACACGGCUUUUCUAAACAACACAGGCCAUAUUCUCUGAAUCUGGACCUGGGGCACAGAUGCAUUAGAGACAUUUCUAAUCAGCAAAACCGUAAUUCAUCAGAGUUUUCCUCAUGUCAGAGAGGCUUAAUGUCCUCAACUGGAGCUGUAAACAACGGGCUACCCUCAGAGUUGGAAUUGUUUCUUAAUGAUCGCCAGGCGCCUCUGCGCCGAAAUUCAGCCCCGGUCAGCGUGUCAUCAGUCCGUACCGCCUUCAUGAUAAAGACAUGCCAGGCUAAAGCCGUGCCUGUCGUUCCUCCAAAGGUGCAGUAUAGUCAGAUACCUCACUCCAGACACGACAAUGACUUAGAUGCAGCGAAGGAACCAGAAAAGGAAUAUCCUAAAAUGACCGCUGAGAAAAGCAACUCUGCACCUCCCCCAAUGAUGUCAGAUCUAAAGGAAGAGCUGGAGAAUAAAGAGCCGGCUCCCAAACACCAAAGACACCCACACGUAGAGAAAUCUGCUGAGUCUGUGAGGACCACAUCCACUCCAGAACUGCCAGUCAUAACAAGGCGACACGCUCCCAGUCUUGAAGUCUUUGUAGAUUGUCCCAGACCAAACAGAGCGAACAUUUUGCAAAGACCGUCAUUCAGGAACAGACAGAGACCCCAGAGUCUCAUCCUGCUCAGCCCUCCUUUUCCCAUCAUGGACUAUCCACCAUCAGGUGACGACGGCAAGCUUCUGUCCUCCAUCAAGAGCCUGAACGACACGUCAGCUGUGAAUGUGUUUUCUAAAGAGAUGGCUGAGAAUUUCAAGACGCCGGAGGGGAUCGGUCUUCAAAACAAAAUGACUAUUCCAAAAAGUGGUCAGAGACUGGAAACGUCAACCAGCUGCUUCUACCAGCCGCAGAGGAGAUCCAUGAUAUUUGACAGCAGGAGCCACCGGCAGAUAGAGUGACUGGAGGCGCAGUCACUGACUAUGAGACUGGGUGUUUGUACAUAGAU